AUGGGCCCAUGUCUGGGCAAUGAGCUCUGCACACCUCAGUUGGUGGCCAAGGGGCUGUUGAACAUCAUGGUGUCAGAGUUGUUCCCGGACUCUUACUGGAAGCACCGUUUCCUGUGGCCUGAUCAAAGCCAGGAAGCCAGGUGGGCUCUGGAGGAACAGCGGCUGGGGCUGAAAUGGCUCUACAGGGGCCAGUGGGAGCACAGGGAUGUUGUGCCCAAGUGGAAUGGGAGCACAGAGGACACAGUUAGACAGACAAAACUGGAACAUGGUGAUGUUGGGGAAAAGCAGACUUUAAAGGAUGCUUUUGGACAGGGCGUGUGCAGAAAGGGUGACGCUGGACAAAUGGGGAUGGCAGGAGAUGUUUUCAGCUGGAACAAAACACUGGUGGGCUCUGGGACCCAGAAGCCACUAUGGGACAGUGCUGCAGGGCAAGAGCUGGCUGUCGCUGAGCACCACGAGGCAGUGGAGGAGAAUGGCAGGCCUGGCAGGCCAGGGGAGCCCCGGCUGCAGGGUGAGCCGAGCCAGGGUCCUGCAGGGCAGAAGGAGAGCCCAGCACCUGCAGCCAGGUGGGAAGGAGCGGUGGGAAAUGAUGGGCAACACCAGCGAUGGGAGGGCUCUGGCCAGAAUGGAAUGGGGGCUGUUCAGCCUGGGAAUGAGGUGCUGCAUCAGGGCAGUGGCUGGGGAGAUGUUUUAGACAAGCCUCAGUCCACCCCUCAAACCACCCAGACAAACAUCAGCUCUGCUUUGGACUCCAGGGAAACGGGAGGGCACCGUGGACAUUGCCCCUGGCAGCUGAACGGAGCUGAACAUGACAAUUCCAACAACUACAGUGGUGACGUUGCUCUGCCUGUUUUGAAUGAGUCUGUGAUUCCCAUCUGCCUGCCCAGCCCUAUCCUGGCUGCACUGCUCUCCGAAGAGGGGAGAAUGUGGAUGGUCAGCAGCUGGGCUGCCACACACGAGAGGGCUCCAACCCUGCGCUUCAUCACGAAGGUGCAGCUGCCCAUCGUGGGCCUGGAGCGCUGCCAGCGGGCCAUGGCCAGGCAGCUCACCGACAGCCUGCACAGCGUGGCCACAGCCGCUGCCUGCAUGGGAGACAGCAGGGGGCCCUUCCCCUGGCCCUCCAGGGGCCCUCUGACUGUGUCCCACUGCAACACUUCCUUUCUUCUGGGCACCGUCAGCUGGGGCUGGGGCAAGGGCUGUGCCAAGCAAGGGAAAUACGGUGUAUACACCAGAGUAUCCAACUACAUCCCCCAGACCAGAGGGGCAAAUUCAACAACCCCUACACAAACUUGCAAUCUCUCCAUGACGGGUGCCAGCAGUAACUCAGCCAACACCAGGAUCCACAGAAUUACAGACUAUUCAUUACAGAGGCUCUGCUCCUCCAGCACAAAGGUGCUUUUUCUUAAUGAAAAAAGGCCAACUGCCAAUUACCUGGGCAAGAGUCCUCUUAUGGGAGGCAACCUCAGCAGAGACAGCCAUUUUCAGAGGUAG